CAAGACUGGGAGGUCGUCCUUAGUUUGGAAGACUUUUUAAAGAAAAUGAGAGUGUUUGUGUUUCUGAUUGUUGCCGUCGUGGCCUGCAGUGCCGCUCCUGGUAUCGAAGACGAUGGGAGGAUAGAGCUGUUCUCUGGAGUGGCUAUUGAGAAGGACGCGACUGGAGAAGAACAACUGAAGGUCAAAUUCGAACCCGGAGAACUGAAGGAUGCUGCCAGGACAUUCGCAGAAGCUCGAGGUAAAAUCAAGAAGUACACGCCUCUACUCACCGGGAUCGGCGUCAAAGUAAUCGCCGUCCUUGGUCUUCUAUUCGGAGGCCUUACCCUCCUCGUGACUAAGGCUCUGGUGGUGGCUAAGCUGGCGUUCCUGGCUGCUGCGGCCUUGGGUAUCCAGAAACUGCUGAGCGGAGGUGGUCUUAACAAUUUAAGUGGCAAGAUCGCCAGCUUCCAGUCGUCUCCCCAGCAGUGGUCAUCGCCCACAGCGUCAGCAGCAUCCUACCCCUACGCCAGGUCAUCCAGCAUAGCUCAGGACGCAAACGACCUGGCCUACAAAGCACAACUGACGUCAUAAUGACUCAUCGAAUAAUAGGUGCAAUAAAAAUUGAUUGGGGCAUAAAAUUCGCAAGGGAUAAGUGCAAAUAAAUCAAACUUAU